AUGUGCGUGAUAAGAGCAACAACUGUGACUCUUCUUAUUGCAUGGCAAUGUACCAUUCUGCCUAAAGUAAGGGCAGGAAUAAAUUAUUCAAAUGAUCUUUCUUCACCAGAACAUUCAUUAGACACAAACGCAAAAGUUAACAUAGUAUAUCGGACAAUUCCUGAGCCAGUAGAAGUAGAAAAGCGAGUCCCAUUUCCAAUAGAAAAAACCGUGCCCUAUCCAGUGAAAGUUUACGUUCCAUCCCCUUAUCCAGUUGUCAAGAAAGUCUAUGUACCACAAAGGAUUUAUAUCAGACAAAAAGUACCGAUUAUAAAAAGGUAUCCGGUUGAAAGAAAAGUUCGAGUGCCGAUUUACGUCCCUGUUGAUGUUCCCGUACCCAUAAAAGUACCAGUUUCAGUACCAGUCCGACAAGAGAAAAAAGUUCACGUCAAAAUCCCAGUGGAUACACCUGUACCGUAUCCUGUUAUCAAAGAAAUUCCAGUGCCUGUUAAAGUUCACGUACCGGUACCACAACCAUAUCCCGUUGAAAAAGAAGUUCCUCAUCCUGUGAAAGUUUUCGUGGAUAAGCCUGUUCCUGUUAAGGUGGAAGAACCCAUUGCUAUACCAAAGAUUAAAGAAGUGCCAAUACCAGUUGAACAGGAAGUACCAUAUCCUGUUAAAGUUGAAGUAGAGCGGCCAGUACCUUAUGAAGUACCAAAGCCAAUACCGUUUCCAGUAAAUGUUCCAGAUGAUAAUCCAGUGGAAGUAAUUAAAUCAGUUGGCAAAGAAAUAACAAAUCAGGAUGCAUAUGAAAGUACAAAACGUGAAGUAGUUAAUGAUGGAAAUAAACGACAAUCAAAUGUUAAAGAUGAAAUGGUGGCGAGUGGGAAAAAAUACUAA